AUGUAAUUUAUUCAAUAGGCAUGUAUUCAUAAUCCUUAAUGCAUUCAUGAAUAAUUAUUUGAAAAAAAUUUGCAAAAUAAAAAAUUCCGAUAAUUAUGCGAUUUUCGAAUUGAUUGGACCAAACUAAUUUUGAAAGCUGAGAAGCAAUUUGAGAAAGCACUUAUUAAGAAAUAAAUGGCCAUCAAUUGUUAACCCAAUAAUGAUUGCUUCAAAAUAAUAAUUUUAGAGGCCAUUAAUAAUAAAGAAAACUCUCUCAAAAUGCUCAUUGAUAAAUCAAAAUAAGAACAACAAUUUAUAGAAUAUGCUAAGAGAUUUGCCAUUAAAUUAUAAUAGAAAUUAGAUUGUCCAGAAUCCUUAUUAUGCUAAUUCGAGGAUGUGUAAAAUCGUAAGAAAUACAUUCAUCCUCCAUCAAUUUGGUCGAUUAUGAAUUGUUCAUGUAAUACUACUAGUAUAAUUUGA